AUGGGAAAGCCUGCAAACUUGUACGCCUUCAAGAGCUCUGCGGAGUUGGCCUCCAACCUCAGGUCCUACGUCCUCGAUGCGCAAAACAGCGCCAUUGACCGUCACCAAACUUUCCGCGUCGCCGUCUCGGGUGGAAGCCUGCCCAAGGUCCUCGCGCAAGCGCUGCUCAAGGGCUCCGACGGCAAGGUCCAGUUCGGGAAGUGGGAAAUUUUCUACGCUGACGAGCGCGCCGUCCCAUUCGACCACGAGGACAGCAACCACAAGCUGGUGAAGGAGGAGCUACUGGACAAGAUCCCGGCCGAGCUGGGCACCCCCAAGGUCUACCCCAUCGACACAAAGUACCUCGACGAUGUCCAAGAGCUGGCCGAUCAGUACGAGCAAACGCUAGUCAGCGUUUUUGCCGCGCGCGACAGCGUCAGGCUGCCGCUGUUCGAUCUGCUGCUGCUUGGGUGCGGACCAGACGGCCACACGUGCAGCCUGUUCCCCGGCUCAGAACUCCUACGCGAAGCAGAAGCCUGGGUGCUCCCCAUCUCCGACUCGCCGAAGCCCCCGCCAAAGCGCAUUACCCUCUCUCUCCCCGUUGCGCAACACGGACUCAAGAUUGCUUUUGUCGCGACUGGUGAAGGCAAGAAGGACGUGUUGAGGCAGAUCUUCGACACGGAUGAGGGGCAACAACUGCCAUGCGGGCUGAUCAAUCUGAAGGGCGGAGACCGCGUCAGUUGGUUUGUCGACUACCCCGCCAUCGACGGUGUGUCCUUCCCUGCUCGUCGUGGCAGUCUGUAG